AUGCAAUUCAAAAACAUCACUUUAUUGUCAGUCGCUACCUUAGCUGCCACUACAUCUGCUGAAGGUUACACCCCAGGUAGUCCAUGGGAGACUUUAACACCAACAGCUACCUAUUCAUGCGGUGCAACUGGUUAUUCAUCCUCUUUCGGUAUCGCUAUUCAAACUAUUGGUAGUCAAAAAGCCAAGAGAGAUGCUGUUUCUCAAAUCGGGGAUGGUCAAGUUCAAGCGACAAGUACAACUGCAAGUGAAACUGCUGCUCCAAGUUCUGCUACGCCUGCAUCCGAAACUGCUGCUGCCACUGAAACAACUCAAGUCGCUACCUCUGGCGUUAGUCAAAUCAGUGACGGUCAACUUCAGCACUCAACUGUUUCAACAGCUCCAACCGGCUCCACAACAACUCUGGAACCAAGUAGUUCCAAAACAACACUAUCUAAUUCUGUCUGUCCGACCGCGCCCCUUUCUCUAGAUUCCUCCUCCUGUAAAAACGACGGUACUUUGGAAAUUUCCUUAAAGGAUGGUGUCUUGACCGAUGGUAGGGGUAGAAUUGGUUCCAUCGUUUCCAACAGACAAUUCCAGUUUGAUGGUCCACCACCACAAGCCGGUGCCAUCUACGCUGCCGGUUGGUCCAUCACCCCAGAAGGUAACUUGGCUAUCGGUGAGAAUGACGUUUUCUAUCAAUGUCUAUCAGGUAACUUCUACAACUUGUACGACCAAUCAUUGGGUGCACAAUGUAGUGCCAUUCAUUUGGAAGUUAUUAACCUAGUGGAUUGUUAG